GUCGUGCAAAAGUAGCUACGUCAUUUGAUGAUUUUAUUCAGAUCUUUUUAUCAUUAGAUAUUUAUAUCAAGAGGAUAAAGUUCAAUUUCGUUGGCAGUGUCUUAUACUAAGACUUCGCACUUCAGUUACGCGCGAGUGUUACCAGGCCAAGUGUUAAUUACGCGUGUUUACGUUGCUCUAAAUUCUUUGUUUUCUACGUUUCUCAAGAAGCCGCCGGAAUGUCACCGAGGAUGAAGGUCUACGUCGUUGGGGUCGGGAUGACCAAAUUCGAGAAACCAGGAAAACGGGAGAACUUUGACUAUCCAGACAUGGCAAAGGAAGCAGUUACAAAGGCUCUGCAGGAUGCAAAGAUAUCGUAUGACAAGGUGAAAGCUGCCUGUGUUGGGUAUGUGUAUGGGGACUCCACCUGCGGCCAAAGGGCACUCUACGAAGUUGGUCUUACCGGUUGUCCCAUAUACAAUGUGAAUAAUAAUUGUUCUACUGGCUCGACUGCUUUAAUGAUGGCUAAGCAAAUUAUCGAGACCGGGACUGCUGACUGUACGCUAGCUCUUGGUUUCGAAAAAAUGGAACGGGGUUCUUUAAUGUCCAAAUUCUUGGAUCGUACCAAUCCUAUGGACAAACAUGUUGAACUCAUGGCCGAUGUUGCUGGCCUAAAUGAAAGUCCGAUCACUGCUCAAAUGUUUGGUAACGCUGGUAUCGAACACAUGAAGAAGUAUGGUACGAAGCCUGAACACUUUGCAAAGAUUGCUUACAAGAAUCAUUUGCAUUCCAUGAACAAUCCUUAUUCCCAGUUCCAAGAAAAAUACACUUUGGAGCAGAUAAUGAGUUCUCCCACGGUGUUCGGUCCUCUAACUAAGCUCCAGUGCUGUCCUACAUCAGAUGGUUCCGCAGCUGUAAUUUUAGCUAAUGAGAAUUUCGUUCAUAAACACAAACUGGAGUCCCAAGCUGUAGAAAUUUUAGCGAUGGAAAUGUCCACGGAUGUGCCUACCACAUUCAAGGAAAAGAGUUUUAUCAAACUUAUUGGUUAUGACAUGACGAAGAAUGCUGCUGAGAAGGUAUUUACUCAGACCGAAUACAGACCGCAGCAUGUGGACGUCAUCGAGUUGCAUGAUUGUUUUUCAACCAACGAACUUAUUACGUACGAAGCGUUGGGCCUCUGCCCCCCGGGUCAAGGUGCGAAGCUGGUCGACGGUGGACAAAACACGUACGGAGGCAAAUACGUGAUAAAUCCAAGCGGCGGUUUAAUAUCGAAGGGACACCCAUUGGGAGCAACCGGAUUAGCGCAAUGCACCGAACUUUGUUGGCAACUCCGUGGCCUGGCUGGCAAGAGACAAGUGCCGAAGGCGAAACUUGCCUUGCAGCACAACAUAGGUCUGGGUGGAGCGGUGGUCGUCGCCUUGUAUCGCAUGGGCUUUCCUCAACAUCAAUCCGUAAUCAAGAAAUACACGAACGCGACCGUCAAUCCGGAGAAGUUCAAGGCAAACGCGUUGUUCAAAUUGUUAGAAAUCGCAAUGCAAGAGGACGAAGAAAAUUUGAUCGAAAAGGUUCGUGGGGUGUACGGGUUCAAAGUGAAUGGGCCGGGAGGCCUCGAGGGUUACUGGAUUAUAGAUGCCAAGACGGGAAAAGGAAAGGUAGAGUUUUAUGGAAAAGCUAAACCUGACGUUACGAUCACGAUCAACGACGCAGAUAUUGUCGAUUUUAUUUCUGGCAAGUUGAAUCCGCAAAGGGCAUUUUUCCAAGGGAAGAUCAAGAUUCAAGGUAACAUGGGAAUGGCGAUGAAGCUGAUCGAGCUGCAGAAACGCGCUGGCAAAAAGAUCGAGCUCCUUCGCGCUAAAUUAUAAAACGCAAUAACUUGUAAAUCUCUAAUUCGAUGAAUAUCUUCGUAUGAUUCGAAAAACAAGAGAAUUAUACGCUACGUAAUCGUGCAAUCGAGAUAUUGUUAUAAUCUAGAUCGGAUCUUACUCCGAAUACACGCAUUCCUGUAUUCAAAAAAA